AUGGAUGGAAACACCGCAUCUCCUACCAUUACUACAACUGAGAAUGCCACGGUCAGCUAUUUGUUGUCCCGGGUCUUGUCCGGUGACAAAAUAUGCAAGGCAAGCGAACUUACUGCAUUUCUUUCCCAGUGGCUUAACGACUUCGAAGAGAAUAAGCCAGUUUCUCCGGGUAUCCAAGAGCUACUAACUCAUCUUCUACUCCCAUUUGGCACAACCGCUAUGCUGGAGCGGCUGGAGGGGAUGGAGGCCUCUUUGGCCGAUACAGAGGGGUGGAUGGUAAAACUCCAUGCCCUCAUGGCCAACAAAGCACAUGAAAGGAUGUUGCAGAAGUUGGAGUCUAUGGCGGAUGAAGAGCUAUCAUUCGAAGAUCUCUGUGGGAAAGAGAACGCUCAAGAAGACAGUGUGAACGAUUACUUCGUCAUUGACCCCAAACGUACCCUACAAUUUGAUUAUGACAUGAGAGAUGUGAUGACUCGGGGCGACAAAGAGGCGAUGAAAAAGCAUGCCGAUGUCUUUUAUAUUACCGGCUACGUUGCCUGGACCGUGCGAUCUCCUUACUGGAAUAUCGCCUUGGCCACCGAUGAUGAAGGCAAUCGAUUUCUCUCAGAUGAUGUUUUGGAUAAAGUCCUUCCCAAGUGGAGACAAAUCCUCACCGGCGAGACGAUCCCGACCCCGAAAUAUGGCGUUGUCGAUUCUUUUCGUUCGUGGCUGGCUAGUGAGGAGAAGAAGGCCAAUGAUCUCGGCAAACCUUGGCCAAAGACUCCUAUCAAUACUGGUUCUUGGCCAUCGAGGCCGAAGUUUGUAAGCCCCAAGACUCCGGAACCCUAUUCUCGCCUUCGCACUAUGGAUGCGGGUCGGAUUUCUCCGCUCGAAUCCAGUUCCAAUGUCACCGAUGGUGAGCAAACUGGACUGCUCCAAGAGAUCCUCAACGAAGUGAAAGACUUGAAGAGCAUGAUGAACCAUGUUAUCGAAAGGCAGCAGCAACAGUUCGAGAUCACACAAAACCAAAUGAAUGAAUCUUGGCAGCAGGCCUACCCUCCCAUUCCCCAAGGAAUGCAGCCAAGCUAUUCCGUGCCUCAACAGGGUCCAUUUGUCGAUGCUCAAUACCAAUACCCCGUAGUUGAGGCAGAUUGGCAAUUCUGGGACCCACAGAACCAAAGCCCGACUCCUAUGCCAGGCCCGGGACCUAGUUCAGCUCGUCAUCUCUAA